AGGGCGGGUGCUGGGGAGAGCGGAGACUCCGGGGCUGUGUUACGGUGCAGGCUUCAGGGCGGUCAGCUGGGAAGGAGGCGCUAUGUCCAACCAGAGUGUUGUCCACCUCUCCCUGGACGACCCUGCCCAUGGUGUUUGUGUGCUGGGCACGAGCCUCGUCGUGGACGUCAGUGGGUGUGCCCCCAUGAACUGUGAGUCCUUCACAAUUACCUGCUCCUCGAGGGUGCUGGUUGUCCUGAACAGCAAGGUGACCAGUGGGAAGGACAAAGGCAUCAUCUGGCACUCAAUAUCCGACCGCAGGCACGCGCUGGUGAGGAUGGUGCUGCCCAGCUCCGAGCUUGAUGAAGACAAGGUGCUGGUGUCGUACUACCGUGCCAACGAGGAGGCCCCAUUGGCCACUGCAGUGCUGUACCUCACUGGCAUCGAGGUCUCCCUGCAGACAGAUGUCUACCGUGACGGGCAACAAGAGAUGCCAAUCAACAAGCAGAUCAAGGAAAAGUGGGUGUGGGGACCCAGCGGCUGGGGCGCCGUCCUGCUUGUGAACUGCAGCCCGGCCGACCUGAGGCAGGAGAGCAAGAUGGUGGUGUCAGAAGAUAUAAAGGAUCUAUCCCAGAUGACCCUGAAUGUCAAUGGCCCCAACUGUGCCUUAAAGAACUACCAUCUGGUCCUCCACACCUCUGCAGAAGAAGCCGAGAAGACCAGAGUCUACUGGCCACAAGGAGAGUCCACCAGCGGCGUCUUUCAGGUUGUGCUGGGACCAGACCGUAGCUCCUAUACCUUUACACCUCUGGAAAACCUUGAGGAGACCUUCUAUGUGGAGGCGCUAGAGUUCCCAUCUGCCAGCUUCUCGGGUCUGAUCUCCUUCUCCAUCUCCCUGAUCGAGGAUCCUCCAGGCCCGUCGAUUCCUGAGACCCCAGUGUACAAGGACACAGUGGUGUUCCGGGUGGCUCCCUGCAUCUUCACCCCCAGCACCCAGAUGCCACUAGAAAUGUACCUGUACAGAGAUGUGAAGAUCCAGGGCUUCGUGGAUGCAGUGACAGCGCUGAGUGAGAAAUCUGACAGCCAGGUGGCAUCUGUCUAUGAGGACUUCAACCGCAUGGGCAGGUGGCUGCAGGAUGAGAUGGCCUUCUGCUACACCGAGACACCCAACAAAAUGAUGUCCUUUGUUCUUGACACCCCUCGGACCACCACGCCUGAUGAGUUCCCCAUGAAAUAUGCACUGAGCCCUGGCGUUGGCUACCUGAUCCAAAACAUCACAGACCACACGGUGGCCAGCUUGGAUACCAUCGGAAACCUGAUGGUGUCCCCGCCUGUCAAGGCCCAGGGGAAAGAGUACCCCUUGGGCAGAGUCCUCUUCGGCAGCAGCUUCUACCCUAGCUCCGAAGGCCGGGCCAUGAGCAAGAACCUCCGGGACUUCCUGUAUGCGCAGCAGGUCCAGGCGCCCGUGGAGCUCUUCUCAGACUGGCUGAUGACCGGCCACGUGGACGAGUUCAUGUGCUUCGUCCCGGUGGAAGACAAGAGCAACGACUCCAAGGGCUUCCGCCUGCUGCUGGCCAGCCCCUGCGCCUGCUACAAUCUGUUCCGUGAGAAGCAGGAGGAGGGCUUCGGGGGCUCAGUUCUGUUUGGCGGUGUCAACCCUGACACGCUGCACGCUAACGGAAGGGAGGCCAAAACCAUCAACCAACUUCUUGCCGACCAAACUAUGAGAAAUCAGAACAACUAUGUGGAGAAGUGCAUUCACCUGAACCGCGCCAUCCUGAAGGAGAAGCUAGGCUUGCAGGAGGAAGACAUCAUUGAUGUCCCCCAGCUCUUCUGUCUGGAGGAGCUGACCAAUGUCCCCUCUGACCAGCAGCCCUGCAAACUCUUCGCAAGGCCCUACUUCCCUGACGUGCUGCGAAUGAUUGUGAUGGGCAAGGAUCUGGGGAUCCCCAAGCCUUUUGGGCCACAAAUCAAGGGCACCUGUUGCCUGGAGGAAAAGAUUUGCCACUUACUGGAGCCCCUGGGCCUCAAGUGCACCUUCAUUGAUGACUUUGAGUGCUACCUGACGUGUGUCGGAGAUCCUUGCGCCUGUACCAACAUCCGCCGGAUGCCCUUUGCCUUCAAGUGGUGGAAUAUGGUGCCUUAGCCUCAGCCCUGGAGCUGCCCAGCCCUGCCCUGCACCAAUAUCCCACUAUCACCACGCAGCAGCAUGAUUCCUGGGCCAUUUGUGGGGGUGGCUGGAGAGCCGAGGCAGUGCUUCCCUUGCCCUGGUUACCCCUGUCCUUCAGGUCCAGUAGGGUGGCAGAUGCUACCAGCUCAAACCUCCUGGAAGGGGGAGAUGGAAAACUGGUCUUCAGCUCUGUUUACUGAAGAGCCAAUAAAGGUCUCGCUGUUUUGAGUGCA